UACUACUACAAACAAAACACAUAUAAUGAGUGAGAUAGAAAAAAAGAGAGAGAUGGAGGAUGAGGAGAAGGAGAUGAUUGAUCAUUGGAGCCACGAGCAUCCACUUACUCUGGUGGAUACUACUGGAAGAGAUAGAUGUUAUGGUUGUGAACGUUCAUUUGGUAGCGGAGAGCAAGCUUAUGGGUGCAGCAUCCCGGGAUGCAAGUAUUCGAGGCUAUUGCAUGAAGAGUGUGCAGCGACGCUGAGAGAGAUACGACAUCCAUUGCACACUCAACACAUACUCAGCCAAUGCCACCGUCGAGAAUUAUAUACGUGCCUUAUCUGCAAUCUGUUUAUUUUUAGCAUUGGCUACAAAUGUACAAGCUCGGGAUGUGGAUACCAGGUGCACCUUCUGUGCGCGCACGACAAGGGCGUGGUCGAUGCAAAUCACCCCGAGCAUGAAUUGAUGCUGUGGAGGAGAAGAUGUUCCUUCAAGUGUGAUGCUUGCGGCAUCACAAGCAGGGAUAGUUCCUAUAUAUGCACCAAAGAUGCUUGCCUGUAUUGGAUCCAUGAGAGAUGUGCUUCAUUGCCUCAAAGCUUGAAAAGGGAAGACCAUCAUCACUCUCUGUCUCUCUCUUCAAUCAUCCCACAAGAAUAUUUCAAAUUUGGCUACAAAUGUGAUGUGUGCAGCAAAACUUUGCGCUUCAAAUAUUGGAUAUAUCAUUGUCAAAUAUGUAGGUUUAUUGUCCACAUCAAAUGUGCCUUCAACAAGCCGCCUCCUCGCGAUGCAUCCAUCGGGAAAGAAAUAGUCCGUAUUCCAACGAAUGAGGUGGCCGAGGAACUGAUUACACCUUUUGUGACGAGACAAAGAGGAGGAGAAGUAGGAACAUUGAUACCACCCAUCAUCCCUGCCGCUGCUGUUUUUGAUGAGUUGGUGAAUAUGAAAUAUAAGUUCCUUCAUCACCAACAUCAGCUCACUUUAGUCUCAUCCACAGCUCAACACCCUCAAAUCCUUGGAGAAGAAGAAAACGAGGAGAAUUAUGGAGUGAGGUCGGAGUUGAUAUGUGAUGCUUGCAUCACUCCUAUAUCAUCAUACUACUAUAUGAGUUGCAGUGAAUGCAAAUACCUUCUUCACGUGGCUUGCUUUCACUUGCCACCUCAACUCCCCUCACUUCCAUUCCACCAACAUGAUGAUCACCAGUUUGUCCUCUGUUCUUGCGACAAACAUUAACUUUGGAUGUGGAAAGAGUGCAGUGUGUGUGGGUUUCGUACGAAUGGGCUGUUUUACACUUGUACAAAGUGCGACUUCGUAGUUGAUAUCAAGUGCUCUUGUAUGCCGAAUACCAUACAUCACACAGCUCACCCGCAACAUCUCCUCAAGCAUGUGACCAAGUCGGAUCUACAAAGAGAUGUCAACUCAUGGCGCUUGACGUGUGCUGCUGCUUGUCCCGACACCAUAACCUAUCUUGAUUGUUACAAGUGCAGCAACAGCUCAUGUGAUUUCAUUGUGCACCUUAGAUGCACUGUGCUGCCGGCAUCUGUCAGCAGCCGUAGAUGGGACGAGCACCACCAGCUGCUGUUGACGUAUGAUGCCACUCUCAACCGUCCAGGCGAUUUCUACUGCGAUCAAUGUGAAACACAAAUGAAUCCCAGGAGUUGGAUGUAUCACUGCCGCCCCUGCGAUCUAUCCUUCCAUCCACGAUGCUUUCCAACUACAUCCGGCUACUAUAGAAACUGCAAGUUUGGGCAGGAAUAUGUGAUCAAGGACGCAAUUCAUCCACACCCUCUCAUCUUUCAACUUCUCACCACAAAACGCCACUGCGACAUUUGUCAUUACACAGUUAAUGAACUGGAAGGAUUUUACUGUGCAUUAUGCAACUUCUUCAUUUGUCGCGGAUACAGCUGUGGGUAUAACAUGAUAGCAAAAGGGGACUUGAAGGCAGUUGAUUUAGAAAAAUUAUCUGUUUUAGAUCAUUAGUCCGUUCA